AUGGAGCAUGAGAAAAUGAUAAAACGGAACAAGCAACAACUACACGGUGGAGAUUCGUCACUCUCCGAUAAGAUCCAUAGAUACCGUGGGGUUAUUUUAGUAAUUUCGGUUCCGGUAUUGCUUAUUUGUUUUGUGCUUUUUGUAAUGCCGACGAGUGAAUAUUCUGAAUCGAUGGGAGGGUCAGUUAAUAGGAAGUUUUCACCGAAAUUUGGAUCGAGGAAUUAUGCGGUUAUAUUUGAUGCGGCAAAUGUAUUGACAAUUUGUUCUCUACAAGGGUCCUACAAGUAUGGAGGAAAGACUUACACAGCAUCAGCAAUGUCUCAAGGAUCAAGCUUGACAAAUUGUAGGAUGGUAGCCCUGAAGGCUCUGAAAGUUAAUGAAUCAGCAUGCACCCACAUGAAAUGCACCUUUGGUGGUGUGUGGAACGGUGGAGGUGGAGAUGGUCAGAAGAAUAUGUUUGUUGCCUCAUUUUUCUUUGACCGAGCUGCUGAGGUUGGUUUUGUUGAUCCAAAUGUAGCUGUUGCAAAAGUUCGCCCAAUUGAUUUUGAGAGUGCAGCUAGACGUGCUUGUGAUACUAGAAUCGAUGAUGCCAAAGCUACAUUUCCUCGUGUGGACCCUGAUAACUUGCCGUUCUUGUGCAUGGAUCUUGUCUAUCAGUACACUCUACUUGUAGAUGGAUUUGGACUUGAUGCUCGUCAAGAAAUGACAUUGGUGAAAAAGGUGAAAUACAAGAAUUCCCUGGUUGAAGCCGCAUGGCCAUUAGGCAGUGCCAUUGAAGUCGCGUCAUCAAUGAAUUAACUUGGAGAUUCAAGAUUAACUCAAACCAGUUUUGCCUUUUAUUAGCUUGUGGUUAUCAACUAUCAGCUAUUUCCGACCUGCAACUGGGCUCGCCGUGCUCUAGAACAUCAUCCUUGCCAUUUAGUUGGAUGCCUGGUCCGAGCAAAUUCAGAUUGUUUCCCCUUUUAUUCAGAGAGGGUGGGUGAUUAAGAAUAAUGAUAAGAUCUGUUUGUGAUUAUAUUAUAGGAAACACUGAUUUGUUUCACGAUAUGAUAGAUUCAUAUUUUUACUUGAUUCUUUUCAUUCA